CUCGCGAGAGCUGGGAGCGGGCGGAACUCUCGGUGCCAGGCGCGGAAGUCCCUGUAGCUUGGAGACGGUGCCGGGGCCUGCCCGUGACUCACUGGACGGAGCCGCCGCCCGCUAUCAUGGCCGAGACUGACCCCAAGACCGUGCAGGAUCUCACCGCCGUGGUACAGACACUGCUUCAACAGAUGCAAGACAAAUUUCAGACCAUGUCUGACCAGAUCAUUGGAAGAAUUGAUGAUAUGAGCUGUCGCAUUGAUGACCUGGAGAAAAACAUUGCAGACCUCAUGACACAAGCAGGAGUGGAAGAAUUGGAAGGAGAGAACAAGAUGCCUGCUACUCACAAGAGUUAAAGUUGCCAAGAAUUUAAGAUGAACGCUGGAAUACACUUUUUUACAAAUCCACAGGAUUACAGAACAGUUUUUUGCAACUAGUGGAUGUAAAAGCAUUUUAUAUGGUUAUAGCGCUUGCAUUCCUAAUGUAUAUUGUAUAGCUAGAUUUAGGUUAGUAUAUUUUGAUUUGUAUAGUGUAGUUCCACACUUUUUGAAUUCUUGUUAUAAGGAUCAAUUGUAUUAAACACACACGUUUGAUGGAUCUUAACUAAACUACUGAAUUUGAAUGGAUUUUUUUGUGAAGACAUUUACUAUACUUUUCUAAUAAUUUCAUUUUGAUGGCUAAAAAAAAAUCUAAUGAUUUGUCAAAUUGAAAAACUACUUGUUGUGGUAACUUAACACUUUUCAGGAGUGAAGCACAAGAUUGAAAUUGAGUUAGUUAUAGUUCUAUUUAGAUAGCGUCAGUCAUUGUACCAGUACAAAAUGAUAUUAGUAAUGUUUUUAAUACACCCAGUAAGAUGCUCUUGGAUACUUAAGAUGUCAAGCAUAAAGAAUCAUUUUACUUAUACUCCUAGCAUUACUUUACCUACUGUAUGUUGCUAUGACUAAGAAUUGAAAUAUGACAUAUGAUAGAAACAUCCCUCCAGAGGUAAGCAACCACUGUAGCUCAAAUAGCUUUCUAAACAAAUAACCUGAGGUGCUAUUAAUAAAUCCCAUGAUGAAGGGUUUGUAAUAAUAGCUAAGUCUUGUAAUAAUAUUACAAGACACUACAAUGAAACCCUGCUAGUAUAUGUCCAUUAACAGUAUCAUAGUUGAAAAAUAUGCAUUGAAGUAAUGGUCUGUUACAAUAAGGCACUGUCUAGGAAAUGCUAGGUACCUGGUCUUUGAACACAAGUCAUUGGCUGUCUGUAUGAAACUAAGUUGCUUAGCUGAGAAGCGGAGUAUUCAGGAACCCUGGGAAAGGAGGGGAUCCAGUUAUCAAGGUUAUAAAAUCCUGCUACUAUGUGAGCAACAAAUAGCUGGGAGUUUUAAUAAUACCCUGUUUUAGAAACAGGGUGGUCGGUUACCUCUCUUAAUCAUACUUUUCUUCAAUUUUUACCUGGUCCUUAAAUUCCAUAGUCAGAGCAUUUGGAAAUCACAAAUGUUUGUCUAAAGAACCUUUCCAUACCAUUUCACUUCACCAUUAUGAAGAAAAAUGACUCUGAUCAAUGCUAGGAUGAUACUAUAUGACUGCUACAAUACCACAACAACUCGUUUGAGAGAUUAAUCUAAACAGCUACUAACAGCAUAAAGCAGAUAUCAUCCUAGCUGUUUAUACCACACUCAAUGUUGGUAUGAGUGCCUCUAAGUUAACUUCACUGGCAUUAUGAAGGCAAUAUGUAGGUGUGUGUCAUUUCUCAAAACAGGGAAAAUUGUACUGAGUUCAUAGUAAUGUUAGGGAAAUUUUGUGAUUGUAGGAAAUGUAUACUGUACCACCAGCCUUACAUUUGUUGUACUGUCAUUAAAAUAUCUAAUAAAACUUAAAUGGUAA